CUUGACAGAUGGCAGGCGGGAGACGCUCCUCACGGCUGUCUCUCUCGGUCCGUUGGUCCAUCCCGGUUCCCAUUGUCUCCCCCUCCCCAGUUCUUCAAGACAAAUCCUGAGGCAAGAAACUGAACCCGGACGUCAUUUGGCUCGGAUCCGCUUUUGCGCGUCACGUCUGGAGACUUACUUUCGACCUGGAAUUUAACAACGCGAAAUUCUGCGCGAAAUUCGGACACCAGUGUGUUUCUUUUUGUUGUUGAUCUGCUUUUGUGUUUAUUAUUGUGGAAGUGUUUUUUUUUGUUUGUUUGUUUUUAAUCAGAAAGAAGAAGGCUGGGGAUAAUCGGAUGACGGUUCUCACCAAGAGGGAGAGAAAACUGGUUGUGGACCUGAAGGGGAGAUGAUCCUAAGGAAGGGGACUCAUUAGACAGAAGAGCCACAGAAAUCAUCUUCCAGGAGGCUGACGUAUAUCAGGAGACCCUAUCAACGCUUCCACUCUCCACUGCCUGUCUGGAUAGAGUCAGGACAUUUAGUGGAAAAACUCGUGUGGAAAGAAGACAGCGGUGUUUAGGAGAGGAUGUUGCCGCUACGUGCCCGUCCCCUGAGAUAAGAAGAGGAGAGGAGCCCGACUGUGCGUUGGGGAGGAUUAAAGAAGAAGAAGAAAAAAAAAAAGAUAGACAGAUGCCAGAACCACUUUCACUUGUUUCCUCCACCUGGAAACAUAUUACCCUUACCAAAGCAGGCAAUUGGGGCUUUUAAUCGGAUUAUUGAGCGAGAGAUCUGAGAGAUCUGUGGGAAUAUAUCCAGCCAGUUCCACCAUCUGUCUGGUGCUGUCCAGGAUUGUGCCAAUUCAGCAGGGAUAACGAUGAGCUGAGCCCUGAACGGAUUACCGGUUCAACUAGGUGAAGUCCGGAGGAGCCGAAUGGACACAGCUGGAACAUUUUCUCGUCAAUGCAGUGGAGUUUUAAUUGAGUUUACAAUAGGAGAAGACCUGUUUGAUUUUUCUCCACCUCCCCUGCUAAAGAUGCUCAUUGCCUGUCUCUUAUUCAAGAUAAAUAUCAACUUGUUGUCUUGAAUUGUGCUAAACUAUCCUAAAGGGCCUCUUUCCACACUCGAUCCCUGACCUGUGUUUUAAGAAAAGGAGACCACUCAUCAGCUUUUCAUCUGGAUGAAGUAGUCAGCCCUGAUUGCUGUGAGCACCAGAGAGCACAGGGGCUGCGCUUUGCUUCUCCGAGGCCCUCAAGCAGUGCCUCCACCCGGGGCUGCCAGACAGCCAGACAGCCCCUCGCUGGAGGGGUGGGUGGAGGUGAAGGAGAGACUUUGGGAAUUAUCUAGAGUUUCUGGACUUCUGCAUAGAAGGAGGAGGAGGAGGACAUCAUGGGGUGUUGCAGCGGCAGGUGCACCUUGGCCUUCAUCUGUGGCAUGCAGCUGGUCAGCGUGUUGGAGCGCCAGGUGAUCGAUUUCCUGGGCUACCAAUGGGCCCCCAUCCUGACCAACUUCCUACACAUCAUCGUCGUGAUCCUGGGCCUGUUUGGCACUAUUCAGUUCAGGCCCAAAUAUGUCACUGGAUAUGCGGCCUGGCUCGUCAUCUGGAUGACCUGGAAUGUUUUCAUCAUUUGUUUUUACCUGGAGGUUGGAGAUCUGUCCAGAGAGUCUGACCUUGUCCUGACGUUCAACCUGUCCAUGCAUCGUUCCUGGUGGAUGGAGAACGGCCCCGGGUGCAGGGUGACACCAAUCACCCCUCCUCCGUCCUGGGCACCGGAGGACCAUCGAUAUAUAUCUAUAUCUGACUGUCUUAUGAACUUUGAGUUCAUAGAAGUGGCUCAUUCCUCACUGCAGAUACUCCUGGCUUUGGCGGGGUUUAUCUACGCCUGUUAUGUGGUCAAGCUCAUUUCUGAAGAAGAAGAUAGUUUUGAUUUUAUAGGAGGAUUUGACUCCUAUGGUUACCAGGGACCCCAGAAGACCUCCCACCUCCAGCUACAGCCUAUGUACAUGUCAAAAUAAACCCAGAAGCCACUCCAGAGGAGCUGCCUUACCAACUACCACUGCUUAGAGCCCUGUGUUUACCACUCCAACUCUCUUCUAACAAAGACAGAGGCAUAGGCAGAGGAUAGAUCACAGUUUCCAUUUCUUACUCCAAAUACCCUGAAAAGCUCAAUCAGAUGGGAUCCUCUGGCUCCAGUUGUCUACUGAUGGAGUCCCUGAUGAAAUACUGGCAUCAUGUGGCCAAAAGUGGUAACUGCAACACUUGUGAGCCGCACUUAUUUCAUAGUUUUGGAGUCCUGUCCAGAGCCUGUUAUUAUUUGCCUCUGUUUUUUUUUUCUUUGCAAACAAAUAUCAGUGUUGUAAGGGGAUGAAAUAAGGUUGGCUUUUCCUCAGGCCUUCUGGAAGAAUCUAAAAUCCUGCUGACAAAUCUCAGAACUGAGUCCAGUACCUUCAAGAUACAGUAAGAAAAUGUUCCGGCUCAAUACUCCUUGAGUUGUUUCACGCAGAUACGCCUGACCAAAGACUUAAAAAAAGAGAAAACACUUCUAAAAUCUAACUGAGCUUUUUCUGCUCUUGGUGCCUGACAGUUUACUUACCGGACUUCCUACCAGGAACCUGCAAAGGAGGAAUGUCAGACAUCGCUUUUCUAAAACCUACCUUUUCCUGCUGCAUUCAGGAUCUCAUCAUUGACUGCAAAAGGUGAAACUGCGAAGGAAGCCCAGGCUCGUUUUUCACCUGUGUUUUAUGAAUGUCAACUAACGGUGUGAUGUGACGACUUACAGGCUCGCAGCUCACACAUGCAUGUGGACAAGAUAAGCACGCAUGCACACUUACACAGGUCCUUCUUACUAAUGUGAAUUUUAACAAUGUUUACAAAAGUGAUGCUGUCUACUCGACAGAAAGUGUGGACAGAAAUGGACAGAGGUGACCCAGUUCCUCACCUUUAAGCUGCAGCGUUUCGAGACGAAAGAGGCUCGUCUUGCCGCCCUGUCUAAAUAUUUUGUCUUCCACUCAAGACAGACGCAAAGAGGUCGACAGAAAGAGCAAAGCUCCUCCUAAUCCGUCCUAUCUACAGACCCUUAAAAAAGUAAUCAUUUGAGUUUUUUCACAUUAAAGGCAUGAACUUCAACAUGUUUUAAUGUGAUAUACAAAGACAAAGUAGGACAUUGGUGGUAAAAUGAAGGAAAAAGGACAUGUUUUUCAAAAUAUUUUGCAUAGAAAAAUCUCAAUCAUUUUAUGUGCUUUUGUAGACAAUGCCUUUUAAUUCAAUACCCCUAAAUAAAGUCCAGUCCAACCAACAGCAGUCGCACCUUAAUUAGCUACUAAGUAGACACCACUGUUGAGUGAUAUAAGCUCAGAAAAUCUGUGUUUAUUAUGGGAAAACAGAAUAGAACAGCAUCAUCAUGGCCAACCAAAACCAGCCCAUUCACCUAGGUGGAACAAGGGGAGCAUGAAUCAGAGAACCAGCUAAGAGGGUCAUUGUAGCUCUGGAGAAGCUGCAGAGACUGGCAACUUCUCCAGUAUUCCAGGAGAAUAUUUUGACAGGGUAACUAUUAGCUAGGAACAAAACAACUCUGGCCUUUGAGAAUGGGGGGAAGAGUGAACGGUUGAUCUUUACAACAUUCAACCCUACUUGAUCAGUGCUUGGCCAAACAUCUGGGCGACAAUGAGAGUCUUCAAAUAAAUAAUUGGUGAGGGAGAUGCGACAACCAACUCAUCUCAGGGGACUUGCCAAAACCUCUGGAUAAACAACAUACGUGUUGUUGGCAUCACAGGAAGCAAGGGCAGGCAAGCCGAUGAGAGUGAUAGGAAGAAAGUUAGAAGCUUUGAAACCUUGGGACUGAUGCAGAGGUUCCACUUUAGUCCCAGAGAAAUUUCUUAAACGUUAGCCAAAGCUAAUAUGGAGUAGCAUAUUCAUGUAUUAAAGUGGUCCAGUGAAAGUCCAGAUGUAAAUUCAAUUGAAAAAUCUUUGACCACACUUAAAAAUACAUGGUCCCAGAUGCUCUCCAUCCAAUCUGACUGAAAUUUGGGCUUCUUAGCAAAUACACAUGUGAAAAUACAAAUCCAUAACAGAUCCUUAUGACUUUUUUUCUUUAAAACUUGGAAAAUGGCAUGUCUUUAUCCUUCAGUGUUACAGCUGUGCUUUGUGUUGGUCUAUCACAUGAAAUUCCAACAUAGUAUAUUAAAAUUUGUAACUGUAGCGUGAAAAAUGUUCACUUUUUCACCGUAUUAUCAGGUGAAAAUUAGCUUUUGUUUGCAACUUUUAUCAACUGGCAAACAUUAAUUGUUCAAAUCAGCUGAAACUAAUGCUUACACACAUCCCCAAUAGAAAAGACAAUCGCAGCCAUUUGAGUCUCGACGUGAACUGAAGCUUUAGGUACACAUGGAAAACAUAACACAGUUCUAAAUCAAACAAUUUGGUUUGUUAUUUGUUGAUUUAUUUCAAAUUCCUGAUUUGACAACUGAUGAAAUCAUGACAAGCAGAGGCUGAUUGCUGAAAGAAUCCCGCAUUCUAUAUUUGGCCUCUUUUAAACAGGCAGGAGGUUUAGCAAGCCCCUUCUGUCACCUCACACCUCAAAUUUUUCUCAAGAUGAAAGUGCCAACUAAUCCCGCUCAUGAGCCACAGACUGGGACCAAAAACAGGUUGAGGCUUACUUUUUUAUGAUUUAUGUAAGAAAAAGUGAAGAUGUUGCAAGAGAAGAAAACCCAGACAUGCACCAGUUGUUUUUGCUCUUCUACCUUUGUUGGGAAACACAACUAAAGUCUUACACAUCUUCAUUAACUGGACCAAAAGUUUGAGGCCUUUUGCUGAAGACACCCUCCUCUCAACGUACAGAAGGACUGCUGCCCUGGCUUAAUCUGCAGUUCUCUUCAGCAGUUUUACCCGUUUUGUAACAAAACUUUGUGGUUUACGUUCCGAGUCGCUCCGCCUGGAGGACACAGACGGGCAUUUUUGUGUGUUUGCAUGAGGUGUUUCCAAACUGUUGCAUAUUUAAUCUCAUGCCUCGCGUGAUUCACUGGCUUCAUAAAAACAAGCAAAAAACAAACAAAAAAAUAAUAAUAGGGGGAGCUAUUUGGAUUGCUGGGUGCUCCUCGGCUUUCUUCGAAGGGUCCUCAAUGUGAACUUUGUGCGUUUUUUGUUGUUUUCUAUAAAUACGAGUCUGCAGAGUUUAGGAGAACGUAGGCACCACAAUGUACAAUGAUGAAAUGUAACUUUGAUCUUCUAGACGUUUUUUUUUUUUUUUUUAAUUAACAUGUGGCUGUGUGUACUGUUUUUUCUAGUUGACUAUUAAUGUAUGAUGUUGUGUAUAAGUGGGGAAAAAAACUAGAUUUUAUUUCUUCUAACUGUACAGAGUAUAUGAAAUGAGAGAGCUUGAGAAAAAUAGACUGAAAAAACUUAGCUGGACUAAAGUCUAGUUAUGUCGGGGGUGGAAAUUCAGUUCAAGUACAUUGCUAAGGCUGCAAAAUCCGUUGUCAUUUCAAUGUUCUCAAGAUAUUUCUUUUAGUAACUAAAACUGACUUGUGGUGAAAUGUUUUUGCUCCAAGAUUUAAAUUGGUUUAGUAUUAUUCGGACCAAAACACAAUUAAUUUAUUUGCCUCUGAAGAAGGUACUUCAUUUAAACUCAACUGACACUGUAACAAGUAACAAUAUCAGCAUUUUAACAGAAAACAACCCUUCAACAAGUCAGAAAGGUGCAUAAAAAAGGUGUGAGUGUGUAUGUUUGCUCUUUGUUUUCUGAGUUAUGGUGGACUGUACAACCCUUAACCCAGACCCAGGAAAAUCCAAUCUGGACCAGACCACAACGAAGCAGAAAUUUAAACUGAAGGCAGAGCUCCCUGCAGGUCACUGGAGAAAUAACUGAAGACUUUGUGUAGAUCUGAAUCUUUACUACCAUAAAAAGACUAACAAUACCUUUUAAAUUUAUUGACCUGUAAAGAUGUGUAAAAAGCCAUGAAGCAACUAGAUCCUUUAUUGCAGUAGCAUCAUGAUCUAAUUAAACAAAUUCCAAUUUUGACUAGAGUAAAUUUAUUCAGAGGGACAAAAUGUUCCUCAUCAAGAGAUAAUUUGUUUUUAAUAAAAUCAUUGUCACCACUGUUAAUGGCAUCCAUAAAGGUAAGCAAAGGAUGCGGAAAAACUCCUUUCAGAUUUAUUUUCUGUUUUUGUUUUACACGUAAAGGUUUCAGUUUAUCAAAUAAUGCUAUGAUAUUGUGGAUUAAAGGAAAAGGCUUACCAAACCAACCUGGCACUAUGUGAAAUAGUAAUACUGCCUACUUACUGUAAUCCUAACUGGCCACUUUGCUUUAUUACGUUUGGUGAACUUUCACUUACCCGAUUACUGAAUGAGCUAUAGAAUCAAGACAUUGAUUAAGUAGAACCUAUUUGAUAAUGUGAAGCAGGCAAAAAGCCUCAUCAGUGACCAAACUUUGACUUAAAGAAAUCCAAGACAGGUGAGAAACAGUCAUUUACAUCUACCAGUCUGCAAAGAGUUGCAAAGUCCCACUUAAAAUACCUCAAUGUUUUUUGGGGUUUUUUUUUUCAAAGUUGCAACAAAAAACCCAGAGUAAAAUUUAAAGCACUUUAAGACUUACUUGUCUCAACAAUAAGACAGAGAGACUGGGCAAAAAUUGUAUUUAUGGGAGAGUUUCGAGGUAACUGCUGGCCAAAAAAAGCACAAAGACCUUACAUUUGUUAUAGAACAUCUUAAUGUUCUGUAACAACAUUAUAGAAUGUUGUUAUAGAUAAGACUUCGAGAUAAAUAUUCUUUAGACUGAAGAGACCAAAAUACUUUUCUGAACAUGUGCUUCUUGUUACAUCUGGUGCAAAACUAUCAAGGCAUUUCAAGAAAAAAAAAUAUUUCAAAAGAACAGUCAGACUAAAGGACAUGUGAUUUAAAUAUGGCAGAUGUCUGAUUUUAAGUCAAAAGAUGGUUGAAAUUAAAAGGCUACUUGCUUAAAUUUGCACAUAACUACAAUUAAAAAAUAGCGGCAUGUUUAAAACAACAGAAAUAUGGACCUGGUAGGCCAAACAUAAGUUCGUAUUGCUGCAAUAAAAACUGAGGGUGGCAAAAAAAUCUCCAUUCCUCACUCUGGGGACAUCCAGGAAUUUUUUCAGCGUGAGUAUAUGCUUUUCGCCAUAAAAUAUGAAUUUUGUGGUGCCCAUAAAUUAGGAGGGUGCUGCAAAGCCUUAUCAAUAAACAUUUAUUCAAGCUAUUACAAAGUUCUGAUGGAAAUCCCUUUAUUUCCAGGAGGUUUCUCAAGAGUGCAGCUCAAAUAUUUGCUUUAUCUUAACUGAUUUAGUACAUUAAGGUGAAUAUUUUGGUUCUGGGUUGAUUUGUUACAGUUUGCCACAGACUAUAACCACGUGUGUUAGCUCCUGUUUUUAUGCUGGUUUUCCCACAGGUGACUGUACAUAAACUAGCCAGCUGGGAUUAAAGUAGAGUGUGGAGAAUGAA